AUGGCCGGAGCGAAGUCGUGCUCAGCGAAGCUGAUCCAAGCUUCAAAUGCUGGUAAUCCAGCGUCAAUCAUCACUCAGGAACUCAAGAUCACCUCCCUAACAUUCCAUCCCGAUGGAGGGACCGGGAAACGCACACUGAGGGGCACCGACGAUGACGCCGGCGUCGACGAGAUCGAUGAGCGAGGUGAUGGUGAAGACAAUGCCGGUGAAGACAAGUCCGGUGAAGAUGAGGAUGAGCCAGCACCUCGUCGCCGCCAAGUCCCGUCAGAUGACGAGUCCAAUGACGAGGAUGAGGAUGAGCCUGCAUCCCGUCGCCGCAAGGUCGGAAAGCGUGGUCAAGAACGUUUAGCUGAGCGCCCCAUGUGGAAGACCAUGGCUCCCCCGGAUGACGAGCCUUCGGACGAUGGUGACUCUGGGGGAGGUGCGAUUGAGGAAGACGAGGACCCAUAUUCAGGUUUUGCAGAUGCCGAUUACGUCGCUCCUGGACCGAACAUGCGAAUGAUUCAUAUCUCGGAACAGCCACAGCUCCUCCAACGGAUCAUCAAAGCGGCUAUCCGUAAAGCGAUAGGCGAUGUGAUUUUUGAUACUGCCUACCGCUCAGUCGAUGAGCAGGUCAAGUAUAACCGUAAGACUCUUCGGUCGUGUGCGCGGAAGUUUGGCGCAAAUGCAUACGCCCACCGCUUUAGAGUUGACCACGCCUUCGGCAAGGUCACUGGUCGUGUGCUGAAUGGGCGGGUAUCCAAGUAUCGUGGUGAUAUCAAGAAAGUUGCCAUGGCCAAGGUGGAAGGUUUUUACAAAUUGCUCGAGGGGCCUGACUGCAGAGAUGUCAUUGAGCAUCUUCGUUCCAAGAAGAGGUAUAUUUAUCCGGUCAAUGCAGAGGGAGACCUUCAACCCACCAAGCCGUUCUUCCACCUCGCCAUGAUCUCAACGCUCCGCGAAGCUUUCUUUACUGGGUCAAGAGGUUCAUUUGCCGAACGCUAUCAAGAUCGCUUCGUUUCGUCGAUCACUGAUGGUCCACGAAAACAAGAACGAGAAUUACCUGCGGCCAUGGUUGCUAUGGCUGCCACUUCUAUUGCAUCUUCGUUGGAUGAUUAUAGCACAGGUGUCCGUCGCAAGACUGAGUUCAACGCUGAUCUCUAUGAAGAUGUUUAUCGAUCGCAUAUGGCCAUGCUCGCCACGAUUUGUGAGAACAGUCCAAAUGCUUAUCAUCGUCUCAUGGCUGACCUUUAUAAUUGCACCUCUUCCAUCUCCACCCAUCUCGUGACCACCACAACCUCUAACGAUGACAUGGCAGACAUGGAUGUCUAA